CUGCUCAUUUAAUAUUACUCAUUGCAUUAACUGACACUCAGUACUACUCUAAAGGUGAAAUUGUAAAAGGAAGAGCUGCUUACUUCAGCUAUUUAUUUUUUUAUCACAACUGCAUCUAAAAUGAUAGUACCAUACAGUAACAACUAUAGUUUUUCCUCAAACAUGAGAAUUCAAGAAUAGUCCAGAAUGAAGACAGGCAGUCCUUAAGAAAGAAGUAUGAAAUAAAAAAGUUUACCAAUCUGAAGAUCCUGCAUGUUCAGACAGGUUCCUUUCAUCAUCUUCAACACAGCUUCCUCCUGAGAAGGAUCACUUCUCAUGAUGUUGUUUCAUUUGGGCAACCAAGCCUUGCAUUUCUUUGUUGCACAUUUUGCAUGCAUGCCUGUCUUACCCACAGGUAGAGGAACUUCAUUAAAAUAUUCCCAAACUGGGUUUUUUUUAUGGCCUGCUGCCAUUAUAGGUUUUCCCUUCUAGUGAGAGAAUGGUGUGGAAGAUCUCAAAUCAAUGAAGGCUACGCUCAGAAAGACCUCAAGACUUCUGGAAUAUGCUGCUCAAACAGCUUCACUUUUGUUUCUACUGCCUGUCCCUCCCUUCUCACAUUUAUCUCCAGACUUCUUCUCCUUGUCCAGAUCUAUUCCGCCCCCAACAAUCUUCUAUUCAUUGAACUUUUUGAAACUUUGCACUUUUAGAGAGAGGUAAGGGAUUGACUCUCUGUACAUAGAUUUGCAGAGGGACAAUAGAGUUGAGGUCUGUUAUUUCUCACCUCUAUUUAUUUAAAACAUUUUUUCUGUUAACAAGCAUGUUAUCUCUGGAGACACAAAUCCAGUUUGAGAACUGCAAAACUAAGCAUCUCUGACGGUAUCUUCUACCAUCACUGAGUCAUAGAUUCAUAGAUAUUUAGGUCAGAAGGGACCAUUAUGAUCAUCUAGUCUGACCUCCUGCACAACGCAGGCCACAGAACUUCACCUACCACUCCUGCAAAAAACCUCACACCUAUAUCUGUGCUAUUGAAGUCCUCAAAUCGUAGUUUAAAGACUUCAAGGAGCAGAGAAUCCUCCAGCAAGUGACCCGUGCCCCAUGCUACAGAGGAAGGCGAAAAACCUCCAGGGCCUCUUCCAAUCUGCCCUGGAGGAAAAUUCCUUUCCGACCUCAAAUAGGGCGAUCAGCUAAACCCUGAGCAUAUGGGCAAGAUUCAUCAGCCAGAUACUACAGAAAAUUCUUUCCUGGGUAAUUCGGAUCCCACCCCAUCUAAUAUCCCGUCACAGGCCAUUGGGCCUAUUUACCAUGAUCCCAUUGGGUAGCUAGAAAGAUUAAUCUAAAUAAUCUAUACAGAAGCCCCUGGAACCCCCCAAAAUUGGGUCCCUAAUCCAUGAACUAUUGGAACUCAUUUACAAAACUUUUCUUAAAUAUUACAUGACUAUAUUGUCUCAAACUAUAGAAUUAGAAUUUAUAAUCCCUAUUCCAUGAUGAGAUAUCUUUGAGCUAUAAUGUAGCUUAAUUAAAACUAUCUUUAGAUAGGCUUUUUUCUUCAAGCAUUUUAUCAAAAAAACUUUUUUUAAAAAAAUCAUUGAUUUUUAAUCCACCCUGAUGGUCUCUGUCUGAUUCUUUAAUUGAUUCUGUCUGUUGCAUAACUAAUUUUGCAAGAUUGGAACCAACUCAGGUGGUGGGGCAUGAUUGGUAAACAAGUGUUUCACGAUGUUAGGACUGGUUAAAGAAUUAUUUCAUAAUACUUUAGUAAAAAUAAUCGGCUCACAUACAGAUCGUAAGGACUCAAGUUUCACUAUAAAAAUUGGGGUCCAAGAAGAAAUGGAAGAAGAACCUAACUCCAGAACACAGUCCAACAUCAAAGCUGCCAAAACCAUGACACCCUGCCAUCUAUAUACUGUUCAGAAGCUGGAGUCCUGGACUACCUGAUCCUGACUGGCCACCAGGAAAAGUUUGUUAGCCUUAUUGGGAGUCGUGAGCACUGUACACUUAGCAUGUGUAUUCUGUCAAUCAAUUGUUAAUAAAUAUAGGUUAAGGAUAUUAUUGUGUAAGACUCUUACACUUGGAAAAGGCCCUGCAGACUAUAAAGCCCAGAGCCCACUGGAAUGGGUGUUAGCCCGGAGCCCACGGAGGGGUAAAGUUGGGUCCCUUACUUCCUGAGUACCCAAAAGAGAGGAUGGGGGGUGAGAGCCCUAAAUUGUGUGCGUAACAGGGGUAGCCUGGGGCACAGUGCGGGGUGGGAGGGCAGACUGGGGCACAGCAGGGUAGGAUCGUGGCACAGCCCCAGGGGAUGUAACUGGGGCACAGUAGGAGGGGGGUUGUUGCAUGGCCCGGGGCGGGGGGGGGGGGGGGGGGAGGAGGGCUGACUGGGGCACAGCAGGGCUGUGUAGCCAUAGGCAAUGUCUUUAUGAGUUGCUGGGGAGAGCUCAAUCCCCUGCCCCACUCCAGGCCCUACCCCCACUCCACCCCAUUCUGCCCCCUCCCUUGAGCGCACCCUGCCCUCACUCCUCCCACAAGCUGCUAAACAGCUGAUCUGCAGCAGAUGGAAGGCGCUGGGAGGGAUGGGAAGGAGCUGAUCGGUGGGGCUGCCGGUGGAUGCUGAGCUGCCUGUGGUUAUGGCACAGGCCAGGGGAGGCAGCCUGGGCUUUGUGGACGGGGUUGUGCGUGUGGCAAGACCUGGAGAGGGGGGUCAGUCUGGGCUUUGCGGAUGGGGUUGUGGCAAGAUGGGGGGGGGUGUCAGUCUGGGUUUUGUGGGGAGGUGAGAUGUGUCAAGACCUGGGGGGCGGGGAGGGGGAAGAGGAUGUUCAGCCAAGAGCACAGUAGAGGGGUCCUGGCACAGGGGCAGCCUGGGGCACAGCAGGGAUCAUGGCCCUCAGGGCAAUUUACGGGCAGUUUACGGUACGCAAUUGGGGUCGUGGCGUAGCAGUCGGCGGCCCAGGGUACUCAAGGGGUGGGUGUCACAGCGCACAGCAAGGUUUCACUGGGGAUACGGGGGGUUGUGAUGCAGUAUGGCAAGGUGGGGUGAGCAUGGGGGUUCGUGGCAUGGGGGCAUCAUGGGGUGUGCAGGGGAUUCAUCAGAGGGGGCAUAUAUAUAUAUAUAUAUAGGUUUUUAGCUAGUGCUAGUCAGAGCCCGCCCGUAGCACGAUGCCAGGGUGACACGGUGCUCUCUGUGUACUCUGCCUCAUGGCUCGCAGACAGGGAGGCUGCCCUGGACAGGUGGCAGUUUGACAGCCCAGCGUUCCCUGCCUACAGUCAACAACUCCCCUCAGGAGGGGCGCCCCGCCCCCUCCGAGCCAGUUCUAACUGGCUCUGUGAUGGCAGUUACUCUCUAGCUCGCCCACCCAACUUCUCAGUUCGAAUCCAAUCGCUAUCUCUUGAUCCUUCCCAGGCUCGUCGGGCUUCAGGAGAGUGCCGGGAGGGGGAAGCGCAUGCGCACCCCUCAGUAAUCCCAAAAGGACGGAGCGGCAAUCUGUAGGGGUUGAUGUAGAUAAGCACCCCACGGCCUUUUCCUCCCGCCCUUCCUCGGUUUGGCGUUCUUUUCUUCCUGAUUGGUUGAAAUGCGCUGUUCGUCCUGUCAGCAGCCCGGAAAAGUUUCCCCCUAUUUGUUUGAUUGAGUCGGGCGCAUGCGCAGUCCAUAUUAUGUUCCGGUGGGUGAGUAUGUCUCUCUUUCCUAGUCCUUGUGUUGGGCGCGUGCGCUGUCUGUUCCGUGAGCUGGGUCUCUAGGCCGGCGCGCACGUACCAUGUGUGUUUAGCGCUUAGGAGGCGGCGGGCUGUGGUUUGCCGGAUCUGUCUCCGCCCCCCUCGAAGAGCUGCGCGGUUGGAGCGGCCAGGGGUGGGUUGUUCCUGCCACCCGCUCCCGGCCAUUACGGGUCCGGGGGUAGCGAAGCCCGGGCUAUGACCUGCUACCCGGGCUUCCUGUGCGGCUGCCGCUGCGCAGCCAGCCGGGCGGCCGCCCUGCGCUCCCUGCUGAAAUACCAAGCAGCGGCUGCGUCUCUCCUGGCCGGGCUGCCGCUGCCCGGCGGGCUUCAGCGGCGCCUCCUCACGUGCAGCCGGCGGAGCCGGGCCGAGUCCUUGCUCCCCUCCUUCGCCGCCGCCGGGUUCCCACCCCAGCGGCUCCUCCAGCAGGAGAGCGCAGGCUCGCCUGGACCCGGACCCUUCGCGCUGGGCCAGCAGAACUCUUCUGGGUUCGCCCUGUCGUGGCUGGAUCAGCGGCGGGGGAGGAGCGCGGGGAGCGCGCGGCUCGCUUGUGGCGGUGGGUUCCGCCCCUCCCGGGUCGUGGUGGUGGCCAAGACCACCAGAUACGAGUUCGAGCAGCAGCGCUACCGCUACGCGGGGCUCUCGGAGGAAGAUCUCAAACAACUGCUUGCAUUGAAGGGAUCUAACUACAGUGGACUACUGGAGCGACAUCAUAUUCAUACAAAAAAUGUGGAGCAUGUUGUAGACAGUUUACGGAAUGAGCGGAUCGAGGUCCGUCUUGUUAAACGCCGAGAAUAUGAUGAAGACACAGUUCGAUGGGCAGAUGCUGUUAUAUCAGCAGGAGGUGAUGGCACAAUGUUGCUGGCAGCUAGUAAAGUCUUUGACAGAUUUAAACCAGUUAUUGGAGUAAAUACUGAUCCAGAAAGAUCUGAGGGCCAUUUGUGUUUGCCUGUACGAUAUACACACUCCUUUCCAGAAGCAUUACAGAAGUUUUAUCGUGGUGAGUUCAGGUGGCAGUGGCGGCAACGAAUUCGGAUGUAUCUUGAAGGAACUGGUAUUAACCCUACCCCUGUAGAUUUGCAUGAACAGCAGUUAAGCCAGGAGCAGCACAGCAGGGCCCUCGUUAAUGGAAGAUUUCAUGAUCAAAAAUCUGAAGUUUCUGGACCACAUCUUUUGCCAGUGAGAGCACUAAAUGAAGUCUUCAUUGGAGAGUCUCUCUCAUCCAGGGUGAACUAUAAGUCCUGCAAACCCAGUUUUAAAUUCUCGCUUCAUAGGGCCUCCUACUAUGAGGUAUCAGUUGAUGAUGGUCCAUGGGAAAAGCAGAAGAGUUCAGGGCUCAAUGUAUGCACUGGAACAGGAUCAAAAGCCUGGUCCUAUAAUAUUAACAAGGUGGCAACCCAGGCUGUUGAAGAGAUCCUUAAGAUUGCUAAAAAGCAUGAGAGCUUGAGUCUUCCUUUGAGCAGAGAACUAAUACAGAAAGUAACAAAUGAAUAUAAUGACUCCCUGCUGUAUAGUCCAGAAGAACCAAAGAUGUUUUUCAGUAUUCGAGAGCCUAUUGCAAACCGAGUUUUUUCAAGUAGUCUGCAGCGUGGGUUCUUUUCAAAGGUUUGUGUCCGAUCACGUUGUUGGAAUGCCUGUAUGGUGGUAGAUGGAGGAACUUCUUUUGAGUUUAAUGAUGGGGCAAUAGCUUCAAUAUUGAUCAAUACAGAAGAUGCAUUGCGCACUGUUUUGCUAGAAGAAUGAAGAAAUGUCAUACAUUCUGUUGAAAUCCUACUAAAUCCUGCACCCAGAGAAGGGACUCACUGCAGAGAUAGACAAUACAUCAGAAUGCUGCAUUAUUUUGAGUUGGAAAAUUUGCUUCUCUUGAUGCAAGAAUAUUGAGAAAAGUGACCUGAAAUAAUUUCCCAUUCCUGGGAUGGGGAAGUCUUGGAAAAAACUGUUUUUUGAGCUUUAUUACACCUGACACAAAGGAAAUGUAUCCAAUUUCAGUGAAAUGUGAUUUUUUUUUAACCUUUUAAGAUGAAUGUGACGGAACACUUUUUUAAAAAAUUAGGUAAUUGGGUUCAAAGUGGUUAGCCUUGAAUAUUCAACUGUACAGGUUUUUCAUAGCAGUCUGGAACUGAAUGAACCAAACACCUCAACCAUUCAUACAUAUUAUACUUUUACAGAAAAGUACGCUAAGAUUCAUUGAGUUGAUGCAAGCAUAAAGAAUAGACUUUGGAAAAUAAAUGCUAAUGUUGGCCUAACUGAAAUGGAGAUUUUUUUUUUUUUGUACCCUCUUCAAAAUUUUAUAACACUACUUUGUGGUAUGAUUUGUGGUAGAUCUUUCAGCUCUUCCAGUGAUUUUUCUACUCUUUUGGUAUUUACUUCAAGACUUUUUUUUGGAAAAUGUUUGUUCCAGUGACUAAAAAACUAAUUUAUUUUGAGUGAGGUAACUCUUCCCUGUGUUUCAUCUGAAAUCUAGAUUUUUAUUGUUGUUGCCUGCUAUAAAUCUCUUUUUUAAUACAAAUUAUUUUAACUACAAUAAAUUAUGCUGCUUCAAUGAAUACAUUAACUGGCCAGCAAGUGUUCUGUCAAUCAGACAGUUGAAGAGAAUGGUAUAGAAUUAUAUAGUUUGGGUUUUAAAAAGAGGUAUUUGGAGUUAGUAAGUAAAGUGACUUGGUUUUAAAUUGAGUACUUGAUCUGCUUCAUAUCUAUACUUCUGAAAAUGCAGAGAAAUCACAUACCAUUCUUUAUGUAUGGGAGACAUUAGGGUCUAAUGGAAGAGGCACAGGAUUAACCUCUAUACCUGUUUUCCCCAUUUGUAGAAUGGAGAUAGUAUUUUGAAGGGACAUUAAAUACUUUGAUAUUUAUGCAUAAAGAGCCCUAUAUAAGUGCUAAAUUAUUCUGCUGACACUCUCGACUGACUGACCGAUUUAUUCUUUUGGUCCCAUACACACAACUUCAUUAUGCAGAUAAGUAUUUAAGCACAAUGUGUCUGCAAAAGGGAAAAGCCCAUUGUUAUCCACAGAAACAGUAAACAACUCCAUGAUCAUCUCAGGAAAGGUGUGCUGAGUAGCAUGUGGAUUGCAGGGCAGAACUGGGCAAAACUAAGAUAGCAGUUUGAAUUUUAUGCAUGUGACUUAAUAGCAACAAAAAGGGUUUGUUUCUACUGUAGAAUUAACUUUUAUUUCAGAAGUUACUCUUCAGAUGAUUCUUGUUUGAAGAAAUUUAUACUGCAGAUUUACUCAGAAAUUCUAAUGGCAGUCAAUGUAUUUAUUGUUUACAUUUUGAAAUGAUAAACUCUUACUUUACAGGUGGAGCAAGUAGAUGAAUGAUUUUACCCUUAUUAUCAAAUAAGUAGUUUAAAUAGGCUUAUUUUUUCUGUACUCAGCAUGAAAAGUUAAACUCCAAUUAAAUGUUAAGAGGAUAGCCCUGAGAUGGUUGAACCAAUGAUGCCAUUGUAAUGAGAUCAGUUAUAGUUACAGGUUUAUGCACACUUUAGAUAUAACCUUUUCUUAAAAAAAAAAAAAAAAAAAAAAAUUGCUGUAGUCUGAAAUGUGGCAUAAAUAUCCACUUGAAAGCUCUUUGGGCUGCAAGUGGGAAGGUGGAGUCAGAAUAGCCCAAUAAGCUCUUUUGAAGCCAUUGAAACUAUUGCGCUCUACAGUUGCCAAACUGAUGCUCUUCUACAUGUCUAAUGCAAAAAACCUGCCAAUUUGUUCUAAAACUGAAUGUUAGUCUACACUGUGGAUUAAUCCCCUUUUCAAAAGAGAGAUGUGACUGUGCAGGAACCAGAGUAUUCCAGUAAAUUCAUUGUUAUGUAAAAAAGAAUCCCCCUUUCAACAGUAGUUUCUGCAUUCUGUCAAUGGAUAGGUUGUUUGGCAAAUAUCCACUGCUGCUGAUUGAAGUGUUGCAACUCCUCCAUGUAAAUAUGCACUUUAAAUGCGCUAACCCCAAAAUAGCCCUUUUAAGUAUUUAAAUACCUUUUAAGAACACUUUAUUUUUAUGGCGUUUAAACUAAAGUUAAAUAAUAGUAUGAUUUAACUUACUAAAGUAAGAACACUGAAAAGUAGGGCAAAAACUACAUCUUCCACUCAGCCAAAAUUGUGAAGACUCUCCAAACAAAUGAGGAUAGAUAUCAUGUGCUGUAAUAUUUAGAACGGGAUGGAUGGAUUAAACAAAAUGAGUUUUUUUGCUUUUGAGUUUCAGACCCUUAAAUUGAGAAUGCUGUGUCUUAAAAGCAACACUGCCAAGUAGUAUAGUUCCAGUCUUUGACCUGCUUUUAAGAUUUGGUAUGAAAUAUCAGUUGGAUUCAUAACUAUUAAAAAAGACCACCGAAUGAGUUAGUGGACCUGAACUGCUCUUUUGUGCCCUCUACUGGCUUUGUAGCUGAAGUUAAUCACUUAUUGUAUUUCUGCUGCUCUUGAUGCUGGUGCACAAACUUAAGUAAUGAGAUGGAACUGUUAGUUUGUGCUCAUUAGAAAUACUAGCAUGGGGUCAAAAAUCCAUAUUGGACAAAUCAGUAGGAAGAGCUUAUGCGUAUUAUACAAAUUAAGUGUAAACAUCCCUCUAAAAUUUGGUAAAUUCUAGUGUUUAUAAAGGAAUGUAAUAUAAACAACUGAUCUGAUAGUCUAGGAUACUUUUUUGACAGAAGUCACACAAUCUAACUGCUUUGUCCAUCCAAACAGGUGCUAACUCCAAAAUCCAAAGGUGUUUCAGCAGCCUGCUCAAUCCAGAACGUUUCGGUUAAGCGAUAGUUAACACCACUUAACAUUUUGCUAAACUAAAAUUUGACAUUCUUUGCUUUUUAAAAAGAAACAGUGGUAUGUUGAUACAUACAUGUAAUAAAUGAAAUCUGUAGAGUUACAUGAAACUGUUUAACGCCUUGUACUUAUCUGUAUCUUUGUUACAAGUGCUCUUUUAAAUAUUUAUUGAAAUCUUUUGACUUGA